GUUGCCUUAGGUUGGGUUUGGUUCAGCUGGUUCUGAUUCCCCGAACUUUAAAAAUGUAACUUGUGUAACAACAGUUUCAUAUCAAUUAAAAGUCAAUCAGCAAGCGAUUUUCAUCAUAGCCUAUAAUUUUUUUUUUUAUUAAUAUGUAAUGUUGUAUUGUCCCACCAUUUCCAAUAACGUCCAACAGGUAACUUUGCUUGAAAAAACUCUUCAAUGUCUUAACAAUGAAAUUAAAGUGCAAUUUUUCAUCCCUUACGAACAAUAAGUAUUUCAAAUCAAUCAACUUGUUUAUUUACUUUAUGCUCGAAGCGUCGUGUCCUGUCUCCUCAACGUGUUUACAUACGACUGAAUAUAAAUACAGUUCGCGAUGACAUGUUUUCAAUCAAAACGAAAAUAAAGUAAACAUAAAAUCGCUCUUUUUAUCAUAUUUGCACUUGGACAUAGCUAGCUUUCCUAUGUACGUCUAGGUACCUACUUAUUGCUGUUUAGAGUUCAAUUGUUUCGAUAGUCGUAAAAAUUAAUCGUUAUUAUUUACACAAAUUCAAGUCGAAAAAUGAACCUAUUUAGGUUCUUAAGUGUAAAAAUGUCCCGAGAUGUAAAUGUACCAAUUACAGAUGAGAUUUACACGACGUGCGAACCGAUGGUCAUGGUAAGCCGAAUUUUAGGCCUAUUCCCGUACGCCGUUUACAGGGACGGGCUCAAUAUUAUGUUUAAAAAGUCACUCGUACUGUACGUUUACAGUUACGCCGUGGCACUUACCCUAGUCAGCAUGAUUAUAAAGGGUUUAAUAAGUGACUACGAAGCAGGCGAUAAGUCAGUAAGGAUGAAGAAACCCCUGAGCGUAUACGUCACGUUUGCCGACGUCACAAUACUGGCGUUCACGGUUUUUCUGGGGAUGGUAGGGGGCCCAACGAAUGGUAAAAUAUUUAAAAUUUUCGUCCGAAAUCUGGUGGAGGUUGAUAAAAUAAUUUUCCUGAAUGACCGGCAGAGAAUGAGAAAGGUUUCAAUGGUCGUUCUGGGGGCCGUUUUGUUUUGUACGUCGACGUUGUUAGCCUUGGAUUUUUCCACGUGGAUACGAUUCGCCAUGGAUUCGAUAGACGCUGAGUACAGGGUGACCAACUAUAUUCCGUUUUAUUUAGCUUACGUGAUAGUGGUCGUGUUGCAAUGUCAGUUCUGGUUUGUCAUAAAAGCGCUCCGAAGAAGAUUGCACGUUCUGACGAAACUUUUGUCAAGAGACAGGAUCCAAAAAGGACUGAUCUUUAACGUUACCAAUAACAAAAUUACAAACGUAUCACUUGGAAUCAAUCCCGGAGAAUGCACAGGGCCGAAUUGUUUAGGCGAAAUAAUCGACAAUUUCGGAAAGAAAACGACAAGCAAAAACGUUAUUCCCAACUAUAACAGACAUCUCUUCGAUUUAAGACAGUCCGACAAUAUAGAAACUUUAAUGAAAGUUUAUUUUAAACUCAGCACAGCCGUCGACUGUGUCAAUAAGUUUUGUGGCGUUUUUCUUUUUGUGUGUCUUUUGAGUUGCUUAAUACACCUGGUAGUUACCCCUUAUUUCCUGGUGAUAGAAAUUUACGGCAGACACGAUCCCAUGUACAUAAGUCUGCUGUGUUUUUGGAUUUUUGGGCAUUGCUGUCGAAUUAUUGGCAUCGUUGAACCGUGUUACCGCUUUAAAGAAGAGGAAAAGAGAAUGUUGCUAGCGAUUUCUAAACUGUUGUAUUUUGAAAGUGGAGGUGGAAAAUUCAAGGAGCAGGUGAAAAAUUUUUUUUAUUUGGUUAAGACCACAGAUAACCAAUUCACAGCGCUAGGUCUAGCAAAAAUUGACAGAAGUCUUAUAACAACAAUCGUUGGAGCUGUCACAACGUAUCUGGUAAUUGUGAUACAGUUUCAAAAAUCAGCGGUAUCGACCAAUAAUUAAAUAAUUCAGUAUGCGUGCUGAUGGUGCCAUAGUAACACAUUGGCUUAUUACGAAUAAUCACAAAUGCAUGUGUAACGUAUAAACGUCAAAACAAUAUAAGUUUUUGCAUGUAAUUUUGCACCGGAUUUGAAAGAAUAAAAUAAAAUAAUUAUUGCGAG